UCGUUCCGGGUGGGGCUUUAUUAGAGUCGGACCAAAAACACUAGGGGGGACGUAUUGCAAGUUGCACCCAUAGGAAAUAAUGAGUUCCCGGUGGAGGCAUGUGCUGCGGCUGGGAGGAAAGUUGAGUACUAUUUCGCCUCACCCGCGGGCUGCUUGCCUCCCUCGUGGGCCAUGGAGGUUUUUGCGCGCCACUGCCGCCAGCUACCGCCCCCCUGGCAAUGGAAAACGAGGCGGGAAUGACCAUGGGAGGAGGUGGGGUCCUGAAGAGACGGAGGAGGAAGGAGAAGAGGACGAAGAUGAGCGGAACUUUGAGGAGGAAGAGGCGCUGGCGGAGUCCGGGCUGCCCGCUGUUCCGCCUGGCCACCAGAAAGUAUUCAUUGUCCACCCGGCGGUGAAGUGGAGCCCAGGGAAGCCUCAGCUCACCACAGCUGAAUUGCAGUUAGCUGAAGCUGUUGCUCUUAUAAACACUAUUCAGAACUGGACAGUGUUGGAUAAAAUAAUUCUUUCUACAAAAGUUCCUGACAAGAAAUUUAUCUUUGGCAAAGGGAAUUUUCAGCUUCUAACUGAAAAGAUCAAAGGGUUGCCAGAGAUCUCAUCUGUCUUUGUAAAUGUAGAAAGACUCUCUCCUCCAACAAAGAAAGAGCUUGAACAAGCCUGGGAAGUUCAGGUUUUUGACCGGUACUCAGUUGUCCUGCAUAUUUUCCGCUGCAAUGCUCAAACUAAAGAGGCAAAACUUCAAAUAGCAUUGGCUGAAAUCCCACUUCUGAGGAGUAAUAUACGUAAUGAGGUUGCUCAGCUGGAUCAGCAGAGAGGUGGCUCAAGAUAUAUUAUGGGUUCAGGUGAAACUUUCAUGGAGUUGCAGCUUCGCCUCCUAAAAGAAAAAGAACUUAAAAUUCGAAAGGCCUUAGAGAGGCUCAGAAGGAAAAGGCGCUUACUUAGGAGUCAGCGGAUGAAGCGUGAAUUCCCUACUGUUUCGGUAAUGGGAUACACUAAUUGUGGGAAAACUACUCUAAUUAAAGCCCUCACUGGGGAUGCAGGAUUGCAGCCCCAAGAUCAACUCUUUGCCACGUUGGACAUAACAGCCCAUGCUGGCUCCCUACCAUCACGGCUGACUGUUUUAUACGUAGAUACAAUUGGAUUUCUCUCUCAGUUGCCCCAUGACCUUGUUGAAUCAUUUUCAGCGACUUUAGAAGAUGUAGCCUGUUCGGAUUUAAUUCUCCAUGUGAGGGAUGUCAGCCACCCUGAAACCAACCUUCAGAAAGAAAGUGUAUUAACAGUGCUCAGAAAUCUUAGUCUUCCUAGCCAUCUUCUGAAAUCAAUUAUUGAAGUUCAUAACAAAGUGGAUUUAAUAGAUGGGCAUCAUCCCACUGAACCCAACACAAUAGCUAUUUCAGCUCUCCUUGGGCAUGGUUUAGAAGAACUGAAAGAGGAAAUUGAAAAAAAAAUCCUGGAAGUAACAGGGAAAAAUAUUCUAACUAUUAAAGUAAAUUUAUCUGGAACUCAGCUCAGUUGGCUUUACAAAGAAGCAACAGUGCAGGACGUUGAUGUUGUCCCUGAAGAUGGUACAGCCAAUGUAAAGGUUGUCAUAAGUAAUUCUGCCUUGGGAAAAUACAAAAGACUAUUCCCUCGAUCAAGUUACUCCUCCUGAAAAUUAAGAAACCAUACCUUAUUUAUGGAAGGUAUAAUCAUAACUGCAAUUAUGGUUAUCACAGUAUUUUAAUGGAGAUAAAAUGAAUGUGACUCAUUAGUGCAGACGUUCAUUCUCUGUUUCAAACAGACCAGUAUCUCCAACUUUGUAUAAAAUGAUGACAAUAACUUUGAAAACCUAAUAACCAAUGCUGUGAGAAAUUUUUGGCAUCUUUCCAUUCAUGAGGAAUUGCACAUAGCAAAUUAUCACCCAGCACCCCAGAUAUUUCACUGUACUCUGUAGUUAAACCAUCCAAUAAAAGAACAAAUCUAUACAAAUCAAAUGUGCAAGAUUAAAUUAAUAACAGAAAAACAGAAAAAAGGGGAACACUGAUAAGCCAGCUUCACCCAAUAAACAGGCAUGUUAAAGGCAAUCUAGUACAACUUUGUAACACUUUAUUUUUCCUUAAGUGAGAGUAUCGCUCUUGAAAAUGCAAUUUCUGGUACUCAUAUGUAUUGUGGGUUCAGGAUUAUACAGUAUGUGGCCAAGGAAAACUGCAAUUUGAAUGUAAAGCUGCUUUGAGUUUCCUUUGCGGAGAGAAAAAGUGGGGUAUAAACAAACGUAAUAAGAAGUUUGUGAAAACUUGCUGUAAAAUCUGAACCUCUGCCUUAAACUGUCAAUGAGGGGAAUAAGACAUAUGAUGAAAUUACAGCAAUUUUAUAUCCUCUGAUUUGCAGCUAAAGAUUUCAAGGGUUGUUUCUAUUAAUUUAGUGUACUUUAGGACAAAUGAAGUUUGUGGUGGCCAAUAUUUAUUUGGCGAGUUUUGUCUUCUAAUCCCCUAUCCCAAAACUACCUCAAAGACUAGUAAAGAAAUGCUUUGUACAAAUUAUUUUCAUAAUAUUAACUUGUGAUACCUCUCCUCACAUCUUGAGGUGGGAUACAACACAGUUAAAAUAGACAGAUAAGACACACUAUUAAAAUGCAUAUACCAGAAUACACACAAUGAAGACUGACCCCAACACCAAUAAAAUGUGGAUUAAAAUUCACAGCUUAAAAUUGACUGGGUUGGCCUGCCAAAAAAGAUAGGUCUUCAGUUGUGUCUUGAAUUCUGACAGCUUAUUUACCUAUCAAAUCUCUUCUGUCAGGUCAUUCCACAGUCUUGGGGCAGCAGAUGAAAGGGUCCUCUGGUUGACGGUUGCCAGUUAGGUUCUGGAUGGAUGGAGUAAGGGUCUCCCAGACGACCUCAGUGUCCUAAAGGGCGGAUUGUGAAGGUGAUCCUAUAGGUAACCUGGACCCAAACCAUGUUGGGCAUUAAAAGGCCAGAACCAACACCAUGUACUUUGCCCAGAAGCUAACUGGCAACCACUGGAAUGACUUUACUAUAGGGGCAAUAUGCUCACUCCUAGAUGUUCCCUUAACCAACCUGGAUAUCAAACCUGCAAGUUAUCACUUCCCCUCUUCUUUUGUGUAGCUCAACGUUUUUAGCAACAUUGUUGUUGAGGGAAACAUGGAGAAGAGCUGGAGAGACACAGAUUUCAGUGUUGUAUGCCAGCAUGUAUGGUUUUAGAAAACAGUUCAGUGAGGCUUGAACUGGGAAGAAAAAUGUUUCUACUCUAGUUAUAUGAACUUGCUUCCUGAAGACAGGAUAAAAACCAUUUGCCUCCAGAAUCUCUUCUUGGUCUUGCAUGAACAUGAAACAGAAAAAAGGGGAACGCUGAUAAGCCAGCUUCACCCAAUAACCAGGCAUGUUAAAGGCAACCCAGAGAUUUUACUACCAGAAUUGAAAUUGAAAAGUAAAGGGUGGUGGAAACAAAAAAAAAUCCCUGGAUGUAUUUAAAAUAAUUUUUUAUUGAAAAUAUUUAUACAGGAAAAUAAGUUGCAACAAUCAUCACUGAGGGAAAGGGAGCAGUCGGGGAAAUGGGUGAGACAUCAAAAACCAUAACAUCUGGUUUGUAACAUAGAUGUGUAUGUGACAGAAAAAAAGAAAACAAAGACAGAAAAAAUAGCAUAAAAAGAGAGUUAAACAAGAGGGGGGGAAAGAGAAAAGAAAACAAACAAAACCACCGAAGGUCUAAAUUGUGAUUACAUACAUGAGUUCGAGGCCCGCUCGGAGCCUAUGUUUGUUUGUCUUUGUUCUAUGUCAAAAGGCAUUGAAUGUUUGCCUAUAUGUGUAAUGUGAUUUGCCCUGAGUCCCCUUCGGGGUGAGAAGGGCGGAAUAUAAAUGCUGUAAAUAAAUAAAUAAAUAAAUAAAUGCAACAAAAAAUACAUAAAGUUGACUUCCAUCUAUUGUGUGUUGAUUCGUAUAUUAAUCUCUUAAUAUGUACUGUGCUCUUUUAUCUCUUAUCUAUUCUCCAUCGUGUCCUUUGUCCUAAAAAAGAAAAGAAAAAGACUUAUAUUGAGACGAUUGGUUGGCUCCUCCGCCCCUGUCUGAUGAACUAUUAUAUUAUCAAUUUACAAUUUUCUUUUAAGUAAUUUUUAAGUAAUUCCCAAUUUAUUUGUUUUUUUGGUUUGUCUUGAGUAUUUGCCAAUAGGUAUGUUAGUUUAUCCAUAUUCAUAAUUUCCAGUAUUUUUUGGAACCAUGAUUUCAAUUCUGGUGUGUUUUCCCCUCCACUCCUUUCGCAUGUCAUUCUCGCAGCUGUUACUAAAUGUAUUUUGGAAGAUGUUUUCAUGGCUGUACAAGGUUCCUGAAAUUCUUGUUUACUCGGUCAAACGUUAUCAGUUUUGUACAUAUUUAGUUUUGAAUAAAAUGUUUCCUGAAAUAA